AAUCAUCAAAUGAUAAUAGUAAUGAUUCAGAAAAUGAUACUUCAGAUUUAACUAAUGAUUCUUCUCAAAAUACUCAUCUUAUAAAGUCAAUGCACCAUAUAAUCUAUAAUUCUUUAUUUGAUUAUUGGAAUGAGCCACUAAUGGUCAGUUUAUUAGCAACACUUUUGGAUCCAUAG